AUGGGCUUGGUGAUUGAUGCCUCUUCUUAUGAUGGCAUUUCAAGGAAAGGGAGGGAGGUUAAGGAAAGGGAGGGAGGUCUUUUGGAGCAUUCUGGAGCAUAUGGGACACAAGGAGCAUGGAGGGACUUGGCACAUGGAAGCAGCUCAACUGGAUACGCAAAGGAAGAAGGGAGAAGCCAUCUUGAAGACCAGCUCGACCGUCCACUCGACCAACCGGUCGAGUUCCUCAACUCGACCGGCCAAGCUUCAACUCGAUCGAGCUGGAAGUCAAAGUCAAACCCGAAAAAUGUUGCUUCCCCCUUGACUUUCCUUUGA